AUGCAGCAGACAGUGCGCGCUAGCGCUACACAUUGUCAUGAUUGUGGCCCUGGCAUACUGGCGCAGAAGACCCAUGCCCCAACCGGCCUGCGAUACUGCAAACGAUGCUACACCCUCCUGACAAAUCCGACUUGCCUUUUGUGCAAUGAGCCUGUCCAUUCAUCCACCCAGACGCUGGCGCCUGUUGUGUGUGCGGAGACAACCUGCUCACGCAUUGUCCUUCUCUGCCAGUCUUGUGUAGCCUUGUCAACAGACCUGCCCUGUCAUCUGUGUGCAGCACGACUCUAUACAGGGAAAUGCUGCCGCUGCAAACUCUCUCUGCCGCCUGUGGACGCAGCCUUGCGGGUCUGCCGCUCAUGCACCAAUGCUGCGCUUAGCAGUGUCCACUGCCAGUUCUGCGCGUCUUCUCUCGCGUCUUCCUUCCAGCCUUCGCCCUGUGAGUGCAGCACCUGCGCCGAGGCCGACAAAGCACUCGAGAGCUACACUUGCAAUAGCUGCCACGCAGUCGUUGAUGCUUACUUCUCCCCUGCUUGUGUGUGGCGUGAGAAACCCUCCUGGUACCGCAAGGGACGUUGCCUCCGCUGCCGGAACAAGGCCUCGUCCGUUUCUGCGUACUACUGCAUCAACUGCUUCCGUACGGCCACACCCGAUGGACGUACCCGGCAACUACGCAUAGAAGCAGCCCUGAUCCUUGAGAAGACUGCUGGUUGUGCCUCUCUUCCUACCAAGGCCCCGGCCAUCCAACACCUACUGCGAUGGCCGAGUUCCGCGACUCUAGAGAUGCCAGACUACAAGCCGCGAGUCGAGCUCCUCUCCGGCAACCACUGUCGGCUCUGCUUUUCGUGCUUCCCUACCGAGGCAUGCCCAACCGCAUUGCACGAGCACUUGCAGAGUGCCCACGGUCUAUCACCAAAACAAUACCGGAAGCAGGUUCUGGACGAGGCAGCUCGGGGGCUGCGGCCUGUUCCUGCGCAACGGCUUCGCGCUCGCUUGGCAGCGUACCAGCAAGUGGUCAGCGGUGGCCGUGCUAACUGGACCGUCUGUGCUUCUUGUGCCCGAGCUAAGCCUCUUUGCAAGACCUCAAGGAUUACGCUCGGAUUACCAAAAACGUGCCCGGCAUGGUUGAAGUGGUCGGACUCCGCUUGGGAACGGCAUGGUGCAAAUUGGUUCCAGGCGCUCGAUUGUCUCUUCGACACUGCCACGUACUUCCACAAAUAUUUUGCCGGGCCGGACCGACUCACCACGGCUCAGGAAGAAGUCGAUGCUGCCCUGGCCGCGUAUGGCCUCGAAUCGUUUGAGUACAAACAUGCCUGCAAGUGGCUGCAGCGUGUCCAACUCUGGGCCAAAAACGUGCAGCGUGCGUUGGACGCGGAUGCUGUGCCAGCUCCGCACAGAUUCGGUAACGUGCAUGUGUUCCCACAGCGAGGUGGAGAAAUUUCCCGGGCACUCGGUGACCUCCGCAACGCCCUCAACUGGUAUUGCAGUCAUAAUUGGGAGUGGCUCGUCGCCACCCGUGCCGAUGGCGAGGACGCUGCCAGCUCAGCGGUGAUCGACGGACAAGUUGAAGAUGCUACGCCCUUGGGACUGUGGACGGCUGCCAUGAAGAAGUACAACGUCUUGCUCGCAUGCGAAGAGGCCCUCGCAGCGGGCGCGAAAACUCCUCCCCUCCAGCAAGCUCGGAACAAAGCUCUCUGGGAGGCUGUCAAAGCACUGCAACGCCUUGCAAGUGACGAGGUCCGGAUGCAACUCGACGACUUCGAGCGCUCACGGCAAAGCCAGACACUGACUUUGUGCCUGCCAACCGAAACUACCCUCCUUGACGACCGACAACCUGAAUUUUGGUCGCAUUGCUUUUGCGAUCUCUUCUACCGUGCUGACUGCUGGGAACGACCUGCUGUUGCCAAGCAAAGACUACAUGGCCGUAAAUGGCUGCGUUGCCUCAUGAAGCGCGUGGACUUCGUGGGCUUGAGAAUGGUUUUCGUGCAAGACACUCUCAACACGCUCUCCACGGCCGAUUUUGUCGCUGCUGCGCAGAGCGCCCAAUGCAAUGUGCGCAGCAUGGCUGCGGCUCUCCAAAGUAAAGCCUUCUGCUCCAGUGGCCUGCAUACACUUUUUCGGGAGAUGACGAUCGUUCUACAGGACGUGGAUGGUACAGAAGCGCAGCGUGGAAGCUGGCUAUACAAAAUGCGCGCACUUCGGGUUUGGCACGGCUGCAGCUUCUUGUUUUUCACGCUCAACCCUAGCGACCACAAGAACCCGCUCUUCAUGUCCUUCUUGGCUGUGCAGGACAAAUCCCUGACCCGUGUUGACCUCGGCAGUUCCGAUGACGCGCAACAAGACUUUGUAUCCCGGCAUGCCAGCCAAGAUGCCUUCUUCUUCCGGACGCUGGCUGCAAAAUAUCCACGUGCUGCCAUGCGAUGCAUUCGUUUUGUGAUGGAGCGCACUAUCGACACACUCAUGUACUGCGCUGCGCCCGCCAACAAGAAACCUACGGUGCAGCAUGUGGACCUCGUGGCAGCUAAAACCGAGCCAGGCGUGUGGCAGCACGUUUCAGCAUACUUUGGGGUUGUCGAGACAACCAAAAGUAUGCGGGAGCACCUGCACGUGCUGGUGCACUUGCUCGGGUUCUCUCAUCCUUCCGAACUGCUACGAGGCAACUUUCGCAGCAACUUCCGCAGUGUCUGGCGCUACAUCGCCAGCGUGUGCUUUCAUUCUGAAGAAGCCUUCGCACGCUACUGCGGCACUGACGCCGGCCUCGAAGCUCUCCGUCGGCAGCCUCUUCUACCAGUCACCCACAAGCAAGCGGCACUGCUCGGACCACGCGCAGCCGAGGCCGUUCAUGCACAGAAGACUGCACGCGGUGUUGCGUUGGAGUCAGUAAAUGCCUCCGACAUCCCGGAUGGCCCUCACGAGACAUGGCGCCCGUGGCCCGGGAGCUACUACGCGGACCUCCGGGUCUCACCGGAGCAGUGGGCGCGCCAAGCCGCGUGCCAUGCCAAUGCCGCUGCAAUUCUCUUUGGAAACCAUGUUUGCCUCCCUCAUGUCUGCUACAAACGGAAGUCGAAGCGAAAAGCAUUCUGCAGGAUGCUUUACUGGCAUUGGAAACUGAGCACAAACUCUGAAGGCCGUGUGACAGCUACGCGCGUGCAUGGCCUGCCUUUGCAGCCUCCGCUGGAUGUAGAUGCCUGCCCCGUGCAAACCAUGCAGCCGCACCAAGGUCCGUCCUGCAAUCAUGACCUCAGCGUCCUCUUCCGCUUCGGCUCGACUGCCUUGCCUUCGGAAGAUGACUGCGAUGAUUCUACUCAGAGCCAAGUCUUGUUGGAUGACAUGCUCCAGACAAUCACCGACCACGAGUACUACACUGGAGGAUAUCUUGUCAAGGGCAACGACGCAGCGCAGGACCUCCUACACUGUCUGCAUGAUGCCAAGCAACAGCACGAGCGCCACAGCGCGGCCUCGGAUGUUGCGAGUGUCGACAAUGCCAAGACGCUCUUCCGCAGGCUAAUCCUCGCCCUCAAUAAACGCUACCGCGUGGGCUUCCAGACGGUGUAUGCUUACCUCUUUGGUAAGCCUGCGUACUAUACCUCCCACACAUUUGUGCCCUUGUCUCUGACGGCCGUGCUGGCACGUUGUGAGGCCGCAAUUGCAAAGGGAUUCCGUGAGCCUUGGCCCAAAAAUGCACAGGCUGACAACCCUUCCGAGUGCGCCGUGGAACCCCCCUGCAGCAGAGCACCUACAUACACAGCCUAUGACUACCAAUGGCGCCCAAGUGCAUUAGCAGACUUCCCAUGGUAUUUCUUUGCGGCUGGAACUGAUGUAUCCGCGGCAGCCGGACUUCACGCACUCCCCUGGCCGGUUCUGCACGAUGCGCAGGGCCGCGCGCGGCACCAUCCUGCAUACGAGCGGCGACUACAGGACCACCGCUUUGUGGUGCGCAGUUCUACAGUUCGCACGCUUGGAGGUGAGCUGGAACCACUCUUGGAUGACGCUGGACAGGUCCUUCGCUGGUACGAUCACUACCGUACUCUACGUACUCACAAGGCGGUGCAGGACUGGAGCGGUGUGUCCGCUUUUGCGGCGGCAACUUCCGAGGACGUCUGGAUGGCCUUGGACCACGAGUACCGUCGCUGGCGCCAGGAACUGCAACAAGCUUCGGAGGCAUUGAGAGGCGGGGCAGCGCCCCUCUUCAACACUGCAUCCUGGUGGACACUUAUGGUGUGGGAUAAGCUACGUAACUUCGAGCUUACCUGCCUGCGCAAGACCUACAAAGACACGAACCAGCCGCGAGAUGACACUGGCCAGCGAAUCCAAGAGGACGAGGACACGGACAACUCUGAACACGACUCCCAAUGCGAUCGGGCGAGCUCUGGAUCGCGCCAAGGCGAGGAUGGUCCCGAGGGCGCCCCAGACAAUGUCCCCAACGCUCCGGUUUUCGCGCCCACUUCGGAAGAGGCCCGCAAGUGCGGUGACGUUGCAGCAACACGCCAAUCGCACCUGGUAUAUGCCGAACCUGCUCUGGGAAAGCGCGGACUUGAGAAGCUCUAUGCGCAGAACUUCCUCGACUGCAAUGGCUUCUGCAGCAUUCUGAUCUCGGGUGCUUAG